CAGACGCGCCAGACAAAAGCCCUUCCAACGUUCGAAUCCACGGGUGAAACCUCUCUCCUUCUCUCUUACACACCCAUAUAAAUUGGGUUUGCUCCGAUAUCAAAGGUCUGAAGCCAUCUCUCUCUGUUGUGCGCAGCUUCUUCUUGUAAUGGCGGUUUGCCCGGAGGAGAAGGUGUAUCCACAUAUGCAGGGGAUUGCUGACAGAAGCCAUGAGUUCCCUCUUAGAUGUUGUUCGAGCAUUCCGCCAUUGAAGCCCGGGGCAGAUGCCGCCACCCAUUCUUAUUGUUUAGAUGUUCUCCCAGUUCUUCUUGAUGAAGCUUCUAUUCCAGUGAAUUUAACAUGCCCCUAUGGCAGUUCCCAAGGCCAAGGUUUCUAUGGAGUUUCAGGGGUGCUUGAGAAAGGCAAUAUCAGUCCAGAGAGUCCAUCACAGCUAACUUUCUUAAGUUUCUUGGAAGUUCCGUAUCCAUCUGAAAGUCAGACAUGCUCGGAUGUCCACUGGAAUUGCAGCAAUCACAUCAAUUUGCAGAUAGAAAGCGCUGACAAAUGUCAAUUGUGUGGCGUGGGUGUAGAGAUACAGGAUGGAUGUUUACAAACUCCUAAAAUCAAUGAUGAAACUGUUGGUAGCCCAAUGAGAAGCGAGGCGCCACUAAACAGUGCUUUGUCAAUCAAGGGCAGUCUACAAUUGGGUGGGAAAAUGAUGCAAUUUUUAAUGGAUCACAGUGCAACAUUAUUGAGGUGCACUUCUAGAGACAAGUGUAAUAACGAGAAGGGGUAUGAUACAAGUAAUAACAAAUGGCGAAGAUACAAGCGGUCUGCCUCAUUCAAUUCGAGGAGAAUAGUUCUCUUCUCUUCCAUCUUAUCAAGCAUGGGAACAAUGGUGCUGAUAUAUCUGACAUUGAGAGUCAAGCAGAUCAGCGAUGGGCUUGUUCAUGUCUAGACAAGUGCUAUAGAUGUUUCCACUAUUAGAAUUUUCUGUUUUUUUUUUUUUUU